GCCCAGAGCGCAGUCUUCUCGCGCGCGUUUUGGUCCACUCGGAAAGAAUUUACAAAAAAAAAAAUAAUAAUAAUAAAUAAAUUUAAAAAAAAAAGUCACCAUUAAAAACGCAUCGACAAAGACUAUUUAUUUCGUUAAGUUUUUUUUCCCAGUUAUUAUUCAAACGGUACGAUUAUUUCGACGGUGUGCGUAUUAUUAUUAUUAUUAUUCGACAUACCCGCUGGUGCGACUCCGGCUCGGUCAGGAAUGGUCUUAACAGUUCGACUUCUACUACAACUGCCGCUGUCUACCCAGUGAACAGACGGUGAUUUCAACAGCAGAAGACACUGAUAUAUCGAUAUACGCGUUAUUACAUAAAAUUAUAUUAUUAUUAUACACGUAAAGCGCGACGACAUGUUUCCCGGCGAAUCCGCGUCGACCUACCCAUUCCGACGUCGACAUCGGUUACCUUACCGCGGUAACCCGUGAUGGAGGAUUCGUGUACCGUACUGCGACGUCAGAACCAUGUUACCGAGUCGUCGUCUGAACAAAACCGCUCGUACGUACUUUGCAAUCGUUGCCGCCGCUGCUGCCGUCGUCGUCGUUUUUCGAAUUCCGAAAUGCGACAGUCUGUCUAAUAUGAGCAUAACGGUUCCCGUGGCCGUGGCGUCUGGCGAUUCGGCCAAGAUGACGUGCACCUACGAUCUGGAAUCCGAUCCGCUGUACACGGUCAAAUGGUACAAAGGUCGGCAGGAGUUCUUCAGGUACGUGCCGAAGGAACUGCCGCAUACCAGAGUGUUCCCGUGGCCCGGCAUAAACGUGGACGUUAGCCAAUCAGGACCCAAUCAAGUGGUACUACGAGACGUCAAAAGACACUUGUCAGGAAAAUACCGAUGUGAGGUAUCAGCAGACGCACCAUCAUUUCACACGAAAAUUGUGUCCUCUUGGAUGCACGUUGUCUACCCACCUGUCGGACAACCCGUGCUGUCGCUGGAGAAACGGCACUACACCAUCGGAGACACGUUGAAAGGCAACUGCACGUCACCGCCAUCCAGUCCACCGUCCAACGUCACGUGGUACUUAAACGAUAAAUGGAUGAACUCGAGUUACGGCCGGUCUUCGACGUCGUCGUCGGGUCUGCCGGCAUCAGACGACGCGUGGCGGUCGACGAACACGGUGGGGCUCGAACUGGAGGUGAACAGUUUCAAAGUGGGCAAAAUGCGUAUCCGCUGCGUGGCCGAGCUGUAUGGAGUGUUCAAAACGUCGGCCGAGACGGUGCUGGACGAGGAGAAACCUCGCCUGGCUUCGAUUCUGGGCACGUUUUCGUCUACAGGUGCAUCACACACGUCUUCUUAUUCGUUAUUGAUUGUGAUAAUGGUCAGCGUAUGGAUGAGAUAACCAUAUAAAAAUCAAAAACCCGAAUA